GCCAAAGGCAUUUAGAUACUGAUCAUCGACCACUAUAUGUAAUCCAGAUUCCAAGCGGCUAGCUAGGAAGUAACAUAGAAUCGAAAUGUCUCAAGAGUACCAAAAACCGGAACAAGUAGACGAGGAUCCGAACCAGAAGAGGAAGCGCGGCAAGGAAGAUCAUGAGGAGGAGGAGGAGGAGGAGGAAGAAGGAGAGGUGCUAUCGGUGGAAAGGCUGUUCGCAAAGCAAGAAGUGCCGUCAUGGACGAGGCAGCUGACGUUCCGAGCAUUCAUAAUAAGCGGCCUGCUGAGUGUGCUGUUCAGCGUGAUCGUGAUGAAGCUGAACCUGACGACCGGUAUCAUACCAUCUCUGAACGUGUCGGCGGGGCUGUUGGGUUUCUUCUUCGUGAGCACUUGGACCAAGAUCCUGGGCAAAGCAGGCUUCUUGGCCCAGCCCUUCACCAGGCAAGAGAACACCGUCAUCCAGACCUGCAUCGUUGCUUCCUCCGGCAUCGCCUUCAGCGGAGGUUUCGGCAGCUAUCUCUUUGGUAUGAGUGAUCGAAUCGCAGCCCAAUCUAGUGACACCGGUGAUACCAAGAACCCAGGUUUGCUGUGGAUUAUUGGCUUUCUCUUUGUUGUCAGCUUCCUCGGCCUCUUCUCAGUCGUGCCUCUUCGAAAGAUUAUGAUCAUAGACUUCAAAUUGACAUAUCCCAGUGGUACUGCAACUGCUCUUCUCAUCAACAGUUUCCACACUCCUGCAGGAGCCAAGCUAGCAAAGAAACAAGUGAAGGAGUUGGGAAAAUUCUUCUCUUUCAGUUUCUUGUGGGGUUUCUUUCAAUGGUUCUAUACUGCCGAAGGUGACUGCGGAUUUUCAAACUUCCCUUCACUCGGUCUUAAAGCAUAUCAGAAUAAGUUUUACUUCGACUUCUCAGCAACAUAUGUUGGAGUAGGGAUGAUUUGCCCCUACAUUGUAAACAUAUCGGUGCUUCUUGGAGGCAUCAUUUCUUGGGGUUUGAUGUGGCCUCUCAUAUGGAAUAAGAGGGGUGAUUGGUAUAAAGCAGAGCUUAGCCCAAAAAGCAUGAAUGGUCUUCAAGCUUACAAGGUCUUCAUUGCCAUUGCCAUGAUCCUUGGUGACGGACUAUACAAUUUCUUCAAGGUGCUAGGUCGAACUCUCUCUGCCUUGUAUGUUCAACUCCGACAAAAAGAUGUGAGCGGCAUUCUUCCAGUGGCAGAUCAAGCCUCUCCUGUAAGCUUGGAGCAGCUCUCUUAUGAUGACCAGCGCCGAACCCAACUCUUUCUCAAAGACCAAAUUCCAGCAUGGUUUGCUGCUGCGGGCUAUGUUGGAAUUGCUGCUAUCUCCAUAGCCACUGUACCACACAUAUUUCCCCAACUUAAGUGGUAUUAUAUAUUGGUCAUCUACCUCAUUGCACCCACCUUGGCUUUCUGUAAUGCAUAUGGGUGUGGGCUCACUGAUUGGUCCCUGGCAUCCACAUAUGGAAAGGUCGCCAUCUUUACCAUUGGGGCAUGGGCAGGUUCCUCCCACGGUGGUGUUAUUGCAGGACUAGCAGCUUGUGGAGUCAUGAUGAACAUCGUUUCAACAGCUUCUGAUUUAACCCAAGAUUUCAAGACUGGCUACCUAACCUUGGCUUCUCCCCGAUCAAUGUUUGUAAGCCAAAUUAUUGGGACAGCAAUGGGUUGUGUGAUUUCUCCAUGUGUGUUUUGGAUCUUCUAUAAGGCCUUCCCUGACAUGGGCAAUCCCAACACUGCAUAUCCUGCUCCCUAUGCUGUUGUGUACCGUAACAUGGCUAUUUUGGCGGUAGAAGGUCUCGAUUAUCUGCCUAAGAAUUGCCUCUUGCUUUGUGGCGUGUUCUUUGGUGCAGCCAUUCUUAUAAACCUGAUAAAGGAUUGCAUUAGUAAGAAGAAGGCACGCUUCAUUCCACUACCAAUGGCAAUGGCUAUACCUUUCUAUAUAGGGCCAUAUUUUGCGAUUGAUAUGUGCCUUGGGAGCGUGAUCAAGUUUGUGUGGGAGAAGAUAAACAAGGCCAAGGCAGAUGCUUUUGUACCUGCAGUGGCUUCUGGUAUGAUCUGUGGGGAUGGGAUUUGGACUUUGCCUGCUUCAAUACUCGCCCUAGCAGGGGUCAAGCCACCAAUUUGCAUGAAGUUCUUGUCAAGGGCAGAUAAUACUAGGGUUGAUAAAUUCUUAGGGAGAUCCUAAUGCUGCCUCAUCAGUUGUAAAUGUAUGAUCAUCAGGUGUGAAUUAAGUCCAUCGUCCAGGGUCAAAUGCUAGCUAGCUGCUGCACCUUAGUUAAUUUACUUUUACUUUUUCUUGUUAACCUGUGUAUGAAACUAUGAAACUUGUGUUAUUGUAAUCCGUGGGAUAAGAACACGUACACGGCAAAAAUUCUCAGACAAA